AUGGAGACUCCCGGCGCCUCGGCCCGGGCCCUGUUGCUUGCCACCGCGCGGAAGCCGGGGCGGAAGCGCACAGCAGGGACGACAAGGGCUGCGACGAGCAAACAGCAGGUCUUGGACGAGGAAGAGUACAUCGAGGGCCUCCAGACGGUCAUCCAGAGAGACUUCUUCCCUGAUGUGGAAAAGCUUCAGGCCCAGAAGGAGUACCUCGAGGCCGAGGAGAACGGAGACCUGGAGCGCAUGCGUCAGAUUGCCAUCAAGUUUGGCUCGGCCCUGGGCAAGAUGUCGCGAGAGCCCCCACCCCCCUACGUGACUCCAGCUACGUUUGAAACUCCCGAGGUCCACACAGGCCCUGGCGUGGGGGGCAACAAGCCCCAGCCCCGGGGCCGAGGACCGGAGGAUGGUGAGUGGGAGGAGGAGAAGGAAAAGGAACCACUGCCCAGCCUGGACGUCUUCCUGAGUCGGCACACGAGUGAGGACAACGCCUCCUUCCAGGAGAUCAUGGAGGUGGCCAAGGAGAAAAGCCGUGCACGCCAUGCCUGGCUCUACCAGGCUGAGGAGGAGUUCGAGAAGAGGCAGGAAGACAGUCUUGCAUUGCCGUCGGCUGAGCACCAAGCCAUCGAGAGCGGCAAGGCCGGAGUAGAGACCUGGAAGUACACGGCCAAGAACUCCCUUAUGUACUACCCAGAGGGUGUCCCUGAUGAGGAGCAGCUAUUCAAGAAGCCACGGCAGGUGGUGCAUAGGAACACGCGCUUCCUCAGGGACCCGUUCAGCCAGGCCCUGAGCAGGUUCCAGCUCCAGCAGGCAGCUGCCCUUAAUGCCCAGGUGGUGGUGGUGUCCUCGCCCUCCACAGGUGUGAAUGAGUCCCCUCUGAUGACCUGGGGUGAGGUAGAGAACACGCCCCUGAGAGUAGAAGGAGCAGAGACGCCCUACGUGGACAGGACUCCGGGACCAGCUUUCAAGAUCUUGGAGCCGGGGCGUCGGGAACGGCUGGGGCUGAAGAUGGCCAACGAGGCUGCCGCCAAGAACCGGGCCAAGAAGCAGGAGGCCUUGCGCAGAGUCACGGAGAACCUGGCCAGCCUUACUCCCAAAGGCCUCAGUCCAGCCAUGUCCCCAGCCCUGCAGCGCCUUGUGAGCAGGACAGCCAGCAAGUACACAGACCGGGCCCUGCGGGCCAGCUACACACCAUCGCCAGCACGCUCGACCCACCUCAAGACCCCAGCUGGCGGGCCGCAGACCCCCACAAGCACCCCGGCGCCUGGCUCUGCUACCCACACCCCUCUCCUCCAGGACCCGGCCUCCAUCACAGACAACCUGCUGCAAUUGCCUGCCCGGCGCAAGGCCUCCGACUUCUUUUAG